AUGGCUUUUGUUGGGGCAGGGGAGGCAUUUGUAGAUGUCAGAGAGGUUGGAGUGGAGUAUUCUGACCAUCUCACACUUUCUUUUGGGAGUUUCCUCUGUUCCAGCAAAGGGCAAGGGCGACUCAGUGAGGAUUCUCUGAAGAUUUUAUUCCUGGUUCCCUGCACAUCUACAGUUCAGACCAUAAAUCCUGCCUGUGAGCUGAAGAUCAUUCCAACAUAUGAAGACUAUGAAUACAUCCAGGAAGGAGACAUUAUGAUUGGUGGAGCGUUAACAGUGAACUCGUAUACAGUUCCUUUCAGAUAUCCACACGACGGUUACCUGAGAAUGCUGUGUGUUGAUAUUUUCCCAGAGUAUUACAGACAAUUAGUGGAUUUACUUAUAGCCAUCAAGCAAAUUAACCAGUCUCCAAACUUUCUCCUUAACCUGACCCUGGGGUACCAUAUAUAUGAUUCCUGUGGGGACCCCCGGAAGGCUGUGAGGAGCGUAUUACAGAUAUUAUCUGGUACCAGGGAGCCGGUUCCCAAUUACUCCUGUGUGGGAAAGAGAAACAUUGCUGGGUUUAUUGGGGAUCUCAGCUCAGAGAAUACAGUAGCAAUAGCCCAGAUUCUGAACUUGUAUGGCUAUUCCCAGGUCAGUUACGGAGCUACAGACACCGUGCUCAGCAACAGAGUCUCAUUCCCGUACUUUUUCCGCAUAACACAAAGUGACCGUGGCCAUUACUUUGUUUUGAGCAAGUUACUGAAAUAUUUUGGCUGGACCUGGGUUGGAAUCAUACGAUUAGAUGAUUACGGUGGAGAAAAAGAACAUCAACUGCUGAAAAGCAUCCUUUCUAAUGACGGGAUAUGUAUUGAUUUCACUAUAAAGAUAACAAGUUAUAUAUUGAGAAAUGAACUUGAGGCCAAUAUUCCAUAUUAUAUGGUCUAUAAAAGGAUUAUAGAAGAAUCCACAGCCAGUGUAAUUGUACUUUGUGGAACAGUUCCUUCCGGUGUUGUAGAAGAAUUAAUUCCCCUUUCAGAUUUGUUUAUUAAAAAAACACUAAUUGUUUCCUAUAAUUUGGCAUCGUCUCUUCACUUUAUGGAUUAUGCAAUAGAAAUAUUUAAUGGCAGUUUGGGAAUUACACAAAUGUUGCUGAGCUCCCCGUACAGCCCUGAGAAUACUCAAGUUCUAAAGGAAUUUCAUCCUUCAAAAUACCCCAAAGACAAGUUGCUUGAAGACAUCUGGAUGCAGUAUCAUUCAUGUUUAUCAAAGGACCCAGCUAAGAAUAAAGUAUAUGAGCAACUGUACUCAGCCACCUUGUACAACUGCAGUGGCAGGGAACUCAUUACAAAUGUUCGACACUUUGACAACAAGUUUUAUUCCCCCCGCGUUCCCUUUGCAGUUGAUAUAAUGGCUCGUGCGCUUCAUAAUAUGCAGAUAUCACUUGCCAACAGAACUACUGGAAAGGCCAAAAAAGAGCAGAAUUAUAGAAAUCAGAUGCAUCAUUAUCUGAAAAAAGUUCAGUACGAUUUUUUUGACAUGAAUAGAACUCUAUCAUUUGAGGAGGACGGAGAGUUAAUUACUCAGUACAAGAUCCAAUAUGUUACUUUUCGGUCUUAUAAACAGAUGUCUUUGCAUAUUUUUGGGGUGUGUACACCAUGGGCUCCACCAGAUAAGUAUCUACAGUUUAUAACAAAGAUAGGAUGGAAGACCAAGAACAAUGAGGUCCCGGCGUCUCAAUGCACAGAUAAUUGCCUCCCCGGCUUCAGGAAGGUGCCAAAGCCCGGAGCCCAUUCCUGUUGUUAUAACUGUGUCCCGUGUUCUAAUGGAGAAAUUGCAAACACAUCUGACAGUGAAAACUGUGUCCAUUGCCCCGACAUGGAAUGGCCCAAUGAAAACAGGACUCAGUGUAUUGCCAAAGUGGAGGAAUUUCUCUCUUAUACUAAUGAUAUAAUUUCCAUUACUUUUUCAGCUAUUUCAAUUCUGUUUUUUCUAAUUACCAUGCUAAUAUUGAUACUGUUUAUUACAUACUGGGACAGCCCCAUAGUGAGAGCCAACAACCGGAGCCUGAGCUUCCUCCUCCUUGUCUCCAUCAAGCUGAGCUUCCUCAGUGUGUUUCUGUUCCUCGGUCGCCCUGUGGAUAUAACCUGCAUGCUGCGCAUCAUCACUUUUGGAAUCACCUUCUCCAUAGCUGUCUCUUCUCUCCUGGCCAAGACUAUCAUGGUUUGUGUUGCUUUCAAAGCCACCAAGCCAGGGAGCUCAUGGAGAAAAUGGCUGGGAGUCAAACUGUCCAAUUCUGUAGUCUUGUUCUGCUCAUCCAUUCAAAUAAUCAUCUGCAUGACUUGGUUGGCCAUUUCUCCUCCCUUUCAGGAACUGGACAUUCACACUUCCCCUGGAACCAUCAUCAUUCAGUGCAAUGAGGGCUCAGCUAUUGGCUUUUACUCAGUUAUUGGGUAUAUGGGGCUUCUGGCAGCUGUUAGUUUUGUUUUAGCAUUUUUAGCUCGGAGCUUACCGGACAGUUUUAAUGAGGCCAAGUACAUCACUUUCAGCAUGCUGCUCUUCUGCAGUGUUUGGAUCACAAUGAUCCCAGCCUAUCUGAGCACCAAAGGCAAAAACACUGUGUGUGUGGAGAUAUUUGCCAUACUCACCUCAAGCGCCGGCCUUUUAGCCUGUAUAUUUGUACCAAAGUGUUAUGUCAUUUUAAUUAGACCAGACCUGAACACAAAAACCCAAUUACUUGGAAACAAAAUGUAA